AUGUUUCCUCUAUUUCUUUCUGUACUUUAUUCUUACCAUCUUAUUCUUCCACUCAGUCUCCAUAUUGUUUCCUCUAUCUUCUUUAUUAUGAUUUGUCGUUGUCGUCAUCACCAUCAUCGAGUAUCUUCUUCUUCUUCUUCUUCUUCUUCUUCUUCUAAUUCGUCGUCGUCGAAGCCAGCAUUUCUACAUUCUUUCUCUAUCUCUAUUUUUAUUUCUCUCUAUUCGUUUUCAACACCCACUCUUAUAUAUCUCUGUGUUUUCCUCUUUCUGUUUCCCUCGCUUUAUUACUCCUCCUCCUCUUUAUUUUUCUAUUCAUUCCACUCUCUAUUAAUUUCUCUGUUUCGUUCGCAAUUUCACUUUGGCGUUCUUUCUUUAUAUCUCGCCCUCUCCGUCUCUUUCCCUCUCUCCGUCUCUUUCUCUCUCUCCGUCUCUUCCCCACUCUCUUUCUCUCUCACUCAGAGCCGAAAGAGAUAG